AUGGCUUCUAAGGCUUUGAUUUUGUUUUUCCUCCUAAUUUUGGUCAAUUUUGGUGAGUUUUUGAAAAUUAAGGCAAAAUGCCUGAGCAAUAUGGUGAUUUUUCUAGGAAUUUUGGGGUAAAACUAUUUGAAUUGUCAAUUUAAAUUCAAAGAAUAUGAUUUUCCAGCCAGUAGGACAUUUCACACGACGAAACAUGUUUGAUCGUAUAAAAUAUCCCUACAACUACAAUCUCAAAUUAGAAAAUUACCAUUCUUAUCAAGAUGUGGUUCGCGUCAUUCCAAGCAAAAUUACUUUAGAAGAGACAAUUUUUACGAUUAAACAUGUUUGUUCGUAUAAAAUGUCCGUGCGAUUGCUAUGUCAAGCUUGAUUUGAAGAUACGUUGCCCUCACUUUGUGCACUCUCACAGCGACAAAGGUUUACGAUAAAACGGAAAUCUGCAUUUUUCCUCAUAUUUGUUAUUGGGGAAGUAGCGUUGUGAUUUUUAAGCCCUUAUUGAGAAAUAAUUUCUACCGGCCCGUAUAAAGGCUUUGCAAGUAUCAGAAAAAUACUUGAUUACAUUAAAGUAGAAGCUAUGAGUUCUCUAAUAAAAUCAAUGUUGAUUCUUUUGCUAGUAUUAAAUUGUUCUUGGCGAGGUAAAUUCUGAUUUCAUUAAUUUUCCAACGUUGCCUAUUUAAUGAAGUGAAAAAUUGUUUGAUGUUUUACUCACGGAAUCUCUCAGUGGUCAACAUAAAUCCGGUAAAAUUACUUUUUUCGCUACGACAUUUUAUAUGGUUAAACAUGUUUCAUCGCUCCGUAUAAAAAUUUUGCAGAAACGAUUAAAAGGGGCAAGCAAGUUUACUGCUGGAAAUAUUAGCAGUCUGGGCAUGUAUAGAGGCGACUUUUCCAGAGGUUUCCGCAACCUAAAAAUGAGAAAUAAUUGACUUACCGUAUUCAACAAUAUGCGCCGGGCGUCGCGACACUUGCGGGCAACCACUUUGCGGGCAACCAGUUUGCGGGGAAUUUUUUUGCGGGCAACCACUUUGCGGGCAAAAUUUGGGGGGUCACAUUUGCGGGCAGCUGAAACAUUUGCGGGCAGCCUGGGACAUUUGCGGGCAACCGGCACCUGAGGGUUAUAGGGUGUAGGUAGAAAUAUUACUCCGAUAUUUUGGAAAUUUGCCGACAUUUGCGGGCAACCGACAUUUGCGGGCAACAGGAAAAAACAAUCACACAUACUGUAUUGGUACUUUUGGAACUGUUGCCCGCAAAUGUCGGCUUCCCGCAAGUAUUGCCUGCCCGCAAAUGUCGGAAAACUUCCAAAAUAUCGCCGUAAUUUUUUCAUCUCCACCUUGUUAUCCUCAAGUCCCGGUUGCCCGCAAAUGUCGGCUGCCCGCAAAUGUCGGCAUAUUUCCAAAAUAUCAUAGUAAUUUUUCCACGUCCACCCUGUUACCCUCACAAUCAGGUGUCGGUUGCCCGCAAAUGCCGGCUGCCCGCAAAUCUUCCAGGCUGCCCGCAACUGUCGACCCUGCCCGCAAAUGUCCCAGGCUGCCCGCAAAUGUCGACCCUGCCCGCAAAUGCCGGUGCUGGCCGCAAAUGUCGGCUGCCCGCAAAGUGGCUGCCCGCAAAAAAAUUGCCCGCAAGGUGGUUGCCCGCAAAGUGGUUGCCCGCAAGUGUGCGCCCGCCCUUUUUCUCACUUUAUCUUUCUUGGACAACAAAUGUGGUCGGAUGGCGCCAUCUCCAGGGGAUCGUUGAUAAAUCUGUUAAUGCUUGGGUCAUACAUCCAACUUGGAAGCGAAUGCGUGACAUCUUCUUUAUUCCCCCGGUUUUUGUCGUUUACGGCACGGCAGUAGGUACAGACGUAUCGGAGAAUUCCCGUUCUAUCAGCUUUUCCACCAUUGGUUAAUGCGUAUACCAAAGCGUUGUCGUCUGGAUGGGGCACCAGAAACCUCGUAGACUUCGCUCGACGUUGUGACGGCAAUGCAACAGGUUUGAAAGAGGCUUCUUCAAUCAGUGUUAGUGAUAUCCAUUGUCGAGGGUUGGUAACAAUAUAACAAUAUACACGCAGAAAUAAGAAAUAAUUUGACGGAAAUACUUUGGAAUAAUAGGUAGUGGAAUAAUGGUUGUUAUUAUUAAGAAUAUUAAUAACAAAAGCGAUGAUAAUAUUAUUAGUUUAGUCCACAGUAGAAUUAAAGCAGUAGAAUGAAGACAGUAGUCACAGCAAUUAGUUUGGGAGCACAAAUGUGAUGUUGUCAGCCCGAAAAAAAGAGCUUGAAUGAUCGCGCCAAGCCAAGCAAUGUUUUGAUUAUGCAAUAUUUCUGCGUUCUUUACAUAAUUACACGGAAAAACGGCAUGAUUCCAAGGUGCUAUGUAGUUUUAAUGAGUUCAAUUAAUUAUGAAUGGCUGAAAUACAUAUUUUAUAAAAAUUUGUAAUACAGUAAGUCGAGAAGCAGUAAACGCGCUGUUAUAUAAUUAAGGAGAACCUGAGCACGGCAACCCAAGAUAGAACAAAAAUGUCUCCCGCCCAUUUUUUAAUUUCGUCCAAACGAAGUGUCAAAAUUCACAAAAGAAAUAAAAUAAUUCCGAGAAAAAUAUUUUUCGGUCGGAAAACCACACGAAAAAUUAAUUUUUGACAUUUCGUUUGAAUUCAACCGAUACUAGGUAGGCGAAGCGCCUAAACGAGGCGGGAGACUCCCUGAGUUGCCGUGCUGAGGGUCGCCCGAACAAUUAUAUAAUAAUAUGUAUAUAUUAAUUUCAUACCUUAAUUUCAGCUGUGCCAGCAUCGCUCUCUCGUUUCCGUCGCGGUGGUUGGAUCCCAUUUGGUGGGAGUGCGAUCUGCGGCUGCAAUCCCUACCCAUACCAUUCGUUCGACUGUGGCUGCAAGCCCUUACAAAACUGCAUUGGUGGGGUCUGUACCAACAUGUUUUAG